AUGGAGCUCCGGGCUCACAGAAUGGAUUUGACAAUUCAGGUUUAUUUCUUAAUAAUACUCCUACCUGGCAAGACAAACAAGAAAAAUAUUGACUUGACUUCGCGUGUACUUCAAAAGAUAUACACCAAAUAUGGUAGCAAAGAAUUCAGUGAAAAGUACGGUGACACUAUACUAGGAAUUGAGGUAUUGAACGAACCUCUCGGUGGUAAAUUGUCAAUGGAUAAACUCAAAGACUUUUACAAAAAAUCCUAUUAUGAUGCAAGACUUUAUCAGGAUACAAACAAUACAAUUGUUUUGCACGAUGCAUUUCAAGGCCUUGGUUACUGGAACCAUUUCCUUGACACUCGCGGCAACUCGUCUUCUCGUUUAAGCAAUUACAAUAUAUUGAUUGAUCACCACCACUACGAGGUUUUUACCCCAUCACAGCUAAACCUGACCAUUGAGGAGCACAUUUCAAACAUCGCCAAUUAUGCUCUGGAUAUUAAUAAAGAAAUGGAGUACCAUCCUGCAGUGGUUGGUGAGUGGAGUGCAGCAUUGACAGACUGUACCCCAUUCCUUAAUAGCAUAGGCUAUGGAACGAGAUGGGAAGGCACGGCUCCCUACGACAAUCCACCGGUAAACAAUACGGCUUACGGAAAAUGUGCUGAUAUUAACAAUUGGGAUACUUGGACCAAAAAGCAUAAGGUGGACACGCGAAAAUUUAUUGAAAUCCAGUUAGACAGGUAUGAGAACAAAACUAUGGGCUGGAUUUUUUGGUGUUACAAAACUGAAACCACCAUUGAAUGGGAUUUUGUCCGCUUGACAAAACUUGGAUUAUUCCCCCAACCCUUUUCUGACAGAAAAUACAUCCGCAAUGGUCACGAUACAAAACCAGAUUCCAUGGGAUCCAAAAACUCUUUCAGUUUGGGUGUCCUUGUGGCUGUCUCUCUAGCUCUUCUUAUUUAG